AUGGACAAAAUUCCACAAGAGUGCCGCGGCAUGAUCAGCUCCUUUCUCACCAAAAAGGAUCGCCUGAAUCUUUCGUUGACCUGCAAAAAGUUCUACAACUACUUUGACUCAACCAAUUGGAGAGAGGUCAAAUUUUGCGGCUAUAUCGAUCGUCUCUCUCCCAUCUUCAAGUUCUUUCUUAAUGAGAAGUAUAGCGAGAAACAUGAGCGUAUAAGAAAGGUGACUAUUCACAUGAAGGGUUGGAGCAAGUCUUACCCAUCAUCUGCCGACCCUAUUAAGCUCCUUGUCGACAGUCUCUCGAAGAUGGUCGAAGUCAAGGAGAUUAUUCUGUAUGAUGAGAGACGCUUUUGUCUUCCUAUAAAUGGUGCUCAAUUCGCUCGUAUUCUGACUGGAACCCCUCGAUGGAAUACGGUCACAACACUCUGCCUGGAAUUGGCUGAAGAAUACAUAGAUGGGGUACAUCAAACCGUGAAGGAUUUCCCUGGUCUCAAGCAUCUGUACAUUCAUGGAUUCCGCCUACUCAAACAUUGUAAACGCCUGGGGCCCCUUGACGAACCCCUCCAUCAAUGCUACUGGGACUUCGACAGCGAUGUUGAUAGGCUCUGUCAAGCGUUGAACAGUUCUAAUGUCGAGCAUUUUGCCAUCAGUCUUAAUUUAGACUGCUUUGACGAUGAGUUUCUAGCCCUUUUCAUCGCCAUAGGUGUACAAGGACAAUCAGAAGCCGAAUGUGAGCACCUAUUUGACGAAAAUGACUAUGUCGACGACAGUCUUGGUUUCGACAAAGAUGAUCUCGUCCAGUGGAAUGUCAAUCUUACCAACCGCAUCAUCAGCGCUUGCCCAAACUUGCGUACAGUGAGGGUAUACUACGAACCCAGCGGUCAAUGCUAUUGUCCCGCUUGUAGACGCGGACUUGGAGCUUAUGUCUAUGGCUACCGCCUUGAUAAUGGAGGGACGUUCACCGAGUUACGCGAGGAAUAG